AAUCGUGUUUGCUUCGCUUCCGCUCACCUCCAUAGUUACUUAGCAACGGCGAACGCUCUGAGUUGCAUGAGUAGCUGCCUAGCUGCCUAGCUACCUUGUGCUAGUUAGCCCCUAGUUAGCCCCACUCGUAGGGGGCGGACAAGGGGCAGUUAAAAUCAUGGCUGACGAUGACCUGGACCAGCUACUGGAUGAAGUUGAAAAGAAGUUUUGUUACAACGUUUCAGUGGCGUCUUCAGCUGGCGCGAACUCGAGCGAGGCUGGAAAAUGUGGCAAAGAGAAAGAUGGACCGAGAAAACACAGGGCUACAGAACCUGAAAAGCCGAGGAGCAGUGUUGCUGCAGAUAUUGAUGCUCUUCUGGAAGAAUUACUGGAGGAAGAUGGCAGCAGUUCUCCUCAUUCAAAGACUGAACCAUUUCCAAGAGAAGCACAAGUGGAGAAGAGGCUCUCAUCUCACUCUGGAGGCAGAAAGUGCUGUCCAGUUUUCAUUGGCGGCAGUUCUGUCACAAAUGGUGUUGGAACAGCCACAUCCAAGAGGUCGUGCGACCAGCUGAGGUGUAUAUCCUGUGACUUUCGGGUGCUGAUGUUCGAUGACUGUGAGUGGGACUCAUCCUGUGAUUACCUGUUCCUAAGGAACAACAUGCCGGACCGUCAGAAGCUCAGAGCCAGGCUGAAGAAGAGGAGAGGUGUGCGGGCGUACAGCUGCCAGUGCAGCUGGUUCUCCACGUUGGAGCCGACAGACCUCAGGGACCAACCUCAGCUCAGAUGGGUGUGUGGAAAACACCAGGACUAAUGUGACAUGAUGAAGACAGAAAGUCUUUGGGUACAUCAAGUGUAUAGGCUGGGAUCCAGGUCCACUCCUCAUGAUGUUUUUUGCUAUGUUUUUUUCACUAUUAUUUCAGGUUAUCCUAUACGUUGGGCCAUCACAAGCUGACAACCUCCACCCCCAACUCGGGGCCUUUUGGCCUCAGGGGCCUAAAAACACCCUUUUUAGGGAAAACCUUCUGGCAAAACUGCAUAAAUGGCCAACUAAGUCUGAAAUUUUGCACGGUGUAUCCUGACACAUCGAGGAAACUAUCAGAAUAAUAUUCUGGGGCUUACUGUGUCUGCGACUAUAAAGGCUUUGAGUACCAAUACAUAGAAAAGCUCUAUAUAAAAACAAAACCAUUUACCACUACGAAUAGACAAUAGUCUUUGGCAGAUGGGUCCCUCCAUAUGAGCUGGGUUCUGCUCAAGGUUUCUUCCUGUUAAAAGGGAGUUUUUCCUUGCCACCGUCGCCCUCAGGCUGCUCUGCAGGUUGCAGGCUGGUUUUUGUGAAGCGUCUUGCGACGAUUUGUAUUGUUAUUGGCGCUAUAUAAAUAAAACUGAAUUGAAUUGAAUUGAAUUGGAUUGAAUUAGCGAGCUAACAGACAAAUGCUAACAUGAGAGAACCUUACUGCAGACAUUUCAAAGUUAAUGUAAUGUAACAGAAUAAUAUCCACUUCCCAUAAGUUAUAUGCCAGCAAAUAUAAUGAUGCAGGUAAGUCGUGUUUGGUCCAGUCAGAACCUCCUCUGUUCACUCUGACUUCUGAACGUCAUUCAGUCCAGGCAGGUGCACAGAUAUUCACUGUGGUCACAUGAGGAUAGGCAGCUUUUUGAUAGGAUGUUUGUCUUGUUCUCCAAUACAAAUAAUUUGUAUGCUUAGCUGCUUAGUGCAGCAGAUAAAAAACCCUUUGAAAUCUGAAGAUGUCCAGCAGUGUCAUCAGCUCAGAACAGUCAGAAACCUGUGGGACCCAGGUACACCUACAUCUGCUGUCUGGAGAAGUCUGGCCAGAACUGGUCUUCAUGGAAGAGUUGUAGACAGAAAUCCUCUCAACUCCACUGUAGGACUCAACUAUAUAUCAUGUUACGCUCCCAGGGUAUCAGGGUGCAACAUAAAAGAACAGAUUAAACAAAGUAAGUGGGACCAAAAUAAGAGGUUUAUUGAAGGACCAAGUCCAGGCGAGACAAUGAAUAACAAUGACUCAAGUGUGCAGUCUGUUUUCAAGAAGCCAACCAUCAAUAGAGACAAAAUUACUAAUUAUAGAUACACAUCAUACAGACAAUAUAUAUUUUUGGUGUAUAUACAAUAUAUACCAAUGACUGUGUGCCUGGACUGAACCCUCCUUUUCUUAAUCUGUUCUUUUAUGUUGCACCUUGAUACCCUGGUGACAUUAUUCACAUUUCAUGUAAUUAAUUAGAUAGUGUAGUAGUAUAUAGCAGUAUGUCUCAACUCUUCUUUAGGAUAUUGUUUAGAUACUAGAAAACAUGCUUAAUACCAUUUGGAAGGGUAAUGCUUUAAUGUUCUGUUCUCCAAUUUGAGGUACACUGGAGAACUUUGGUCAUAGCAGUCGUAAUCCUGUAGACAGAAAUGUCAUGUAAGACUUAAAUUGAAGCUCAUAAAUAUGGGAAGUUUUUUUUAUAUCCAUGUAAGGCAGUGAUACGUGUAAAAAAAAAAAUGCUUGAACGCUUUGAUGACAUUUAAGUCAGGUCGACAGACAUUUUGUUGGUCUUGUGGGGAAUACUGAGGGUAGUAUUUGAAAACAGAAAAGCAGUAAAGCCCCAGAAUAUUAUUCUGAUAGUUUCCCCGAUGUGUCAGGAGACACCAUGCAAAAUUUCAGACUCAGUUGACCAUUUAUGCAGUUGCAGUACCCUGAUAUGUGCAAUUACAUCUUUUUGCCAGAAGCUUUUCCCUAAAAGGGUGUUUUUUUUUUUUUUUUGACUUCUGGACCUGGCUCCCAACCGAGUAUAUUGUCAUGUGCGUCACUGUGAGGUUAAUAAUGAAACAUGAAUCCACAUCUGUGUGGAAAAUGCUCUUAUAAUUUUACUAAGUAAAUAAUGUCUUUCACAGUUUCAAACUAAGACCAUUCAUAUUUUCUAGCUGUAUUGUUUAUUUUUAUGUACAUGUGCUCUGUCAGUGAAUCAGUGACUCAGUAAAAAUCCUGUUGAUUUGGCAAUUC